CAGGCCUGAGCGGCGGGGCGCGGCGCCCGGGCCCCUGGGGAUGCGGGACCGGCUGCCGGACCUGAGGGCGUGUAGAAAAAAUGACGAUGGGGACACAAGUGUUGUUGUUGAGAAGGACCAUUUCAUGGAUGAUUUCUUCCAUCAGGUUGAGGAGAUCAGGAACAGUACAGCUAAAAUAGCUCAGUACGUUGAAGAAGUAAAGAAAAACCACAGCAUCAUUCUUUCUGCACCAAACCCAGAAGGAAAAAUAAAAGAAGAGCUUGAAGAUCUGAACAAAGAGAUCAAGAAAACUGCUAACAAAAUCCGAGCCAAGUUGAAGUCUAUUGAGCAAAGUUUUGACCAGGAUGAGAGUGGGAACCGGACUUCGGUGGAUCUUCGCAUCCGGAGAACCCAGCAUUCCGUACUAUCUCGGAAAUUUGUGGAAGUUAUGACAGAAUAUAAUGAGGCACAGACUCUGUUCCGGGAGCGGAGCAAAGGACGGAUACAGCGUCAGCUAGAAAUAACUGGAAGAACCACGACGGAUGAUGAGCUGGAGGAAAUGCUGGAGACCGGGGGCCCUUCUGUCUUCACGGCAGACAUUAUAUCAGAUUCACAAAUUACUAGACAAGCUCUCAAUGAAAUCGAGUCUCGUCACAAGGACAUCAUGAAGCUGGAGACCAGCAUCCGGGAGCUGCAUGAAAUGUUCACGGACAUGGCCAUGUUCGUGGAGACCCAGGGCGAAAUGAUCAACAACAUAGAAAAAAACGUGGUGAACGCCGCAGACUACGUAGAGCAUGCUAAGGAAGAAACGAAGAAGGCUAUUAAAUAUCACAGCAAAGCUAGAAGGAAAAUGAUGUUCAUUGUCAUUUGUGUAACUGUUUUGCUUGUGAUCCUUGGAAUUGUCCUCGCAACAACGCUGUCAUAGCGAUGAUGUCCUGAGGGCCACUCUCCUUGGAGCCAGACCACAGCUGCAGCAGGUCCACGCCUCCCGUUCCUUGCCUGAGCCCCAGGCGCUGUGACGUAUGGCGCUGGGUGCUGAUCUUUUCUUAGUGAAGGCGAGGGGAAAACUCGACGGGAUGCAUCGUGCAGGGAGGGUCUGUGAGCAGGAUGGGCAUGCCCAGUUACCCCCAACGUCCCUGGACUCGGAACAGCACAUCACCAAAAUGUAACAAUGUGAAACUUAACUUCAGUGGCCUUAAAAUAAGGAAUUAUUGAAAAUUUCAAUUUUUUUUUUUAUAUUUCAGUGUUAAAAAUACAUGUGAAGUUUAAUUAGGAAUACUUUAUGUUAGGAAGGUACUAGAUUUCAGGUCUGAGCUUUCCUUCCCCACCCCCUCUCAGCUAACAUGCUAAUUAAGAGUCGGUUUUGUACUGUGUUUAAUUCGUGUUUGUUUGGUGUUUGCAACAAAAACGUUUAUCGUCACAGAGCUGUUUUGUAAGAUAUCUAUAAUUUUAAAUGUUUAUAAAUUGUUUAAUAUAUUAACAUCUUAAUUUACUCCAUUUUUAUAUAUUGAAUAUUGCCUUUUGAAAGAGUACCCGUAAUAUCAAUAGAACCAGCUUUGCACGGUUGUUUACAGUUUGCCUUUGGCAAAGCACAUGU